UAAGAGCAAUCAAAUAACUACAAUACUGCAAGGAACAUUUCAAGACCUACCAGCUCUUAACUACCUGUUUUUGGACAGCAAUCAAAUAACUACAAUACAGCAAGGAGCAUUUCAAGACCUACCAGCUCUUAACUACCUAUCAUUGCAUACAAAUAAAUUAACAACAAUACAGCAAGGAACAUUUCAAGACCUACCGUCGCUUAAACAUCUGCAUUUGCACAAAAAUCAAAUAACUACAAUACAGCAAGGAGUAUUUCAAGACCUACCAGCUCUAUACGAACUGUAUUUAUACAGCAAUCAAAUAACUACAAUACAGCAAGGAUCAUUUCAAGACCUACCAGCACUAGGCCGCCUAUCAAUCCAAAUAAAUCAAUUAACAACAAUACAGCAAGGAACAUUUCAAGACCUACCAUCGCUUAACCUUCUAAGUUUGAGAUCAAACAAUCUGACAUUUAUCAGGAAAGACACUUUCGAAAAUCUUACCAACUUAAAAUCUCUGUAUUUGCACACCAAUCAAAUAACUACAAUAGAACUAGGAUCAUUUCAAGACCUUCCAGCGCUUUACCUUUUAUUUUUGUACAACAAUCAAAUAACUAUAAUACAACAAGGAAUGUUUCAAGACCUACCAGCGCUUGGCUAUCUAGAUUUGAGCAGUAAUCAAAUAACUACAAUACAGGAAGGAACAUUUCAAAACCUACCAGCUCUUAACACCCUAAAUUUAGCCAACAACCCACUGGAUUGCUGUGACUGUGAUUUGGAGAAUCUCAAGCUGUAUUUACUCAACAAUACACACUUGUUGGGUGCAUUUGCGACAUGUCAUGGCACAGCAACCUUUGUAUAUGAUAUUAACUUCACCGAUUGUGCAGACUCAACGGGAUCUACAAUGCCACAAUCCACAAAGAUAACAACUGGAGGAGAAACAGAAAGCACAACAGACAAACUAACAACAGAAAUCAUAACAAGUGGGUUAACAACAGAAGGUACACCAGCGGAACAAACAGCAGAAAACACCACAUAUAUGUUAACAACUGAAAUCAUAACAGGAGAGUUAACAACAGAAGGUACAACAGCGGUACAAACAGCAGAAAGCAUAACGUUUGUAUCGACAAAAGAGAGCAUAACAGUGACAUCAACAAAAGAGAUCACGACAGUGGUACCAACGAGAGAAAGCACGACAGUCGCAUCAACAAAAGAGAGCACCACCGUUGAAUCAAAGAAAGAGAACACAACAGUGGCAUCAACGAAAGAGAUCAAUAUAGUGGUAUCAACGAAAAAGAGCACACCAGUAGCAUCAACAAAAGAGAGCACAACUGACACAAUAGCUACUCUUUACAAUACUAAUGAUCCAAUAAUAGUCGGAAGUGUUGGAGCUUUUAUUGCUAUUAUGUCUCUCGUUGGAGCAGUUUUUGCUACCUGUCUGAUCUUAAACAGAUUGAAUUUGAAGAAAGAAACAAGGAAAGAAUUACCUGACAGUUUUGAUAGGAGGCAAUUUCCAGCUAUGCCACUACGACAUGGGGGGCAUAUCAGUUGGUAUUAAAAUAGCGUCCUUGAUUAUGCCAUACUGACAGAGCAUCCAUGUCUACAUGUUACCAACACCUAGUAGAUGUGUUAUGGCAUUGGCAAAAUUCUGUAUUUUUUAAGUAUUUGCUGAUAAACCAUGCUAAAAGUU